CGUGUAAGAACAUUCACGUUUUUUGUAGGUUACACUAUUCAUAAAUAGGGCAGCUCAAGCCCUAAUUAUUAUCAAUUGAAGUGGAACUUUUAUUUUUCGAAUGAAAUUGAUCAUCUUUGUGGAUUUUAACUUCUUUCCUUUUGAUGUGACGACCCAGAGUAAGAGCUGAAAUAUAGGGAGCAGCACGUUUAGCUAGCAAUGUAGUACAUUCCAGAGCUUUUAGAAUUAGUUACGUAUUUUAGCUCAUUUCAUUUCGACCCCUGUAUUUCCUUUAUUUUCUUUUUGCAUUUUAGUCCCUUGUUCAGUUAGAAGGGGGUUAUAUGUAGCUCAAUUGGCAUUGAGCAAAUCAUCAUUAUGAAAUAUCAAUCUUCUCUUUUCUUAGCUUAGUUUUCCUUAAAUUUCCGCUUCUGUUAAUCUCAGAUUACAUCACUUUUGUUCCUCGUUCAUAAAAAAAUUGAUAGUCUUUGUGGAUUUCAUCGGUUGAAAAUGGUUAAGAAGUACAAAUAGUGACAAGAUUUGCAGAUUGAAAUUUGAUGAUGAGGUUAUAAAGGGAAGAAGUUCAAGUGAGGCGAAGUGGUAUUUCAAUAGCUUGUUCCUCAUUCAUGAGAAGUUGAUCAUCCACUCUUCAAAUUUUGCAUUUCUGUGUCACCUUUUUGUUCUUCUCGGUCAUUUUCUUGCAUGACCUCUUUUUGAGAAGCUUCAAUAGCUUGUUCAUCAUUCAUAAGAAAUUGAUCAUCAUCUUUGUGGAUUUCAAUUUCUUUCUAUUGUUCUUAACUCAUAAAAAAUGAUCAUCCACAAAUCUUUGUGGAUUUCAUUAGUUGAAAUCUUUAGAUGGUUUCAUUCAUCACCAUCAAAAAUUAGAUCAAGCUCAUUUAAUAUAUAUCGUUAUAUCAUCAUAAUUAUCCAUCACUUUGCAAUUAGCUAGCUAGAGGGUAAGAAUUUAAGAAUAAAAAAUCAAACUUUUUCAACAAAUAAAGGCUAAUAAAAUAUUAAUUUGAAAGUUUAGUGGUGUUUUUGCAAGGUUGUUCUUUUAUACUCCCUCCAGAUAAAAAAAAAAAAAAUGUCCACUUAGCAUUUUUUUAAUCAAAAAGGGUGCUCACUUAUCAAAUUAAGAAAUAUAUAUAUUUUUUUUUUAAAUUUGCCCCUAUUAAGCGUUACGUGAUUAAAUUUCAAUACAUAUGUAAUUAUGGGCAGUAUAGUCAAUUAUCUUUUUUUAACUAGAAAUUAGCAUUUUCUUAAGGGGUGUGCAAAUGAAUAAAUAAACUUUUUUUUUUUACUCGAAAGGAGUAAUUAAUUUGGGCAAUUUGCAGGAUUGCCCUUCGUUGGAGGUGGUCUUUAAUUUUUACCCCUCAAAAUGGUGGUCUUUAAAAUUUGCCCUUCAGGCAGAAUUUACAUAGGCAGAUUUGUAAAAAUUCUGCCUAGCGAAAUUUUAGCUUGCGAUUUUUUUUUUUUAGUUGAGCUGAGGUUCGAACCCACAACGUCAGGGCGUUAGGCGAAGGGCAAUACUUAAUGACCACCUAUUUGAAGGACAAAAAUUAAAAACCACCCCAAAUUAAGGGCAAUCCGCGCAAAAAAAAGAUUAUUAAAAUAAUCAAACCAAAUGAUUCAAAGACAAAAAUGGAAGUAGUGGUUUUUCUAUUUGUUUAAGCCAAACAAUGGGCUGAUUCAAAAUCCAUGUCCUUUUCUUUUCUUGAAAUAAAACAAAACAAAACAAAAACCCUAGAAAAUAACGCUCCCCUUUAUUGCGGAAAAAAGGGGGAAAAAUAAAUAAAAAGAAUUACAUAUAAAAAGGAAAAAACGUGGUUCAAUCGAACUGUUCAUCUACCUCGGCUAACACAAACCCUCACUGUCACAAAUUACGAGAAAACAUUGCUGUUUUGAUUUUCAGGAAUAUUCCAACUUCAUAGUAUGCUUCAAGUGUUCCAAAUUGCUCCAACGCCUUUGGUCUGAUUAAACAGUACAGAUGAUUGUUAUCGUUGUGGAGAAAUGAUCUUAGUGGAAAAUUGUGUUAUUAUUUCUGAAGGCAACGAGGUCUCAGAGGCAUCUAAAAUGAGCAAUUUAACUGGUGUAAAGACUGAAACCAAUUUGCUAAAUCAAUCGGAAGUUGUUCUAUGUCAAGAUUUAAAUGGAAGAUUGAACGGGGAUGGCUCUGCAGCUGUUUGUGAUUAUACUUGUCAUAAUGAUGGACACUCUGGGGAGGUGUCACAACUUUCUGCAAGAGACUCAGACGGGAUCUCCGGUUUGAACGCUGAUCCAGCUGCUAUAACUAAAAGUGCUAAGCGCGAAAAUGAUAUGACCUUGGAGGAUAUGUACAAUGCUCGGUACAAUUUUGAGGAGGAGGAUGAUGACAGUGACUGGGAACCAUCAGAAAAGCAAAUAGAAGUUCUGAAGUGGUUCUGUGUCAAUUGUACAAUGGUUAAUGUCGAGGAUGUUGGCAAUUGUGAAAUAUGCGGAGAACAUAGAGAAUCUGGGAUACUCAGGCAUGGAUUUUUUGCAUCUCCAUAUCUGCCUGUAGAGGAUGUCAACCAAGAGGAGUUGCCUGUAACUGAAAAUUCUGAAGAUUUGUGCAAGCAAAGUUCUUUAUCAUCCUCCACUGCUGUAGGGUUCGAUGAGAGGAUGUUGCUUCAUGCAGAAGUUGUAAUGAAGUCUCAUCCACAUCCUGAGAGACCAGACCGCCUUCGAGCCAUUGCAGCUAGCCUUGCUACAGAAGGUAUAUUCCCCGGGAAGUGCUAUCCCAUUCCUGCCAGAGAAAUUACAAGGGAAGAACUCCAGAUGGUCCACUCCGUGGAGAAUAUUGAAGCCGUUGAUAUCACUAGGCGUAUGCUUGCCAGUUAUUUUACACCUGAUACAUAUGCAAAUGAACAUUCAGCAUGUGCUGCAAGGCUUGCAGCAGGUUUAUGUGCUGACCUUGCUUCAGCAAUUUACUCUGGACGUGUCAAAAAUGGUUUUGCUCUGGUUCGUCCUCCUGGACACCAUGCUGGUGUGAAACAGGCCAUGGGCUUCUGCCUCCACAACAAUGCAGCAAUUGCUGCAUCAGCAGCUGAGGCUGCUGGUGCGAAGAAAGUGUUAAUAGUCGAUUGGGAUGUUCAUCAUGGGAAUGGCACACAGGAAAUAUUUGAGAGAAGCAAAUCGGUUUUGUAUAUAUCAUUGCACAGACAUGAGGAUGGACGAUUCUAUCCUGGUACAGGAGCUGCUGAUGAGGUCGGUUCUAUGGGUGCAGAAGGAUACUGUGUGAAUAUUCCUUGGAGUCGUGGAGGAGUGGGUGACAAGGAUUACAUUUUUGCAUUUGAGCAAGUCGUGCUUCCUAUAGCUUUGGACUUCAAUCCAGACUUUAUUAUCAUUUCAGCAGGAUUUGAUGCUGCUAGGGGUGAUCCCCUUGGAUGCUGUGAUGUAACUCCUGCUGGUUAUGCAUCAAUGACUCAAAUGUUGAGUGCAUUGUCAGGUGGAAAAUUGCUUGUUAUUCUUGAGGGCGGCUACAAUCUUCGUUCAAUCUCAUCAUCAGCUACAGCAGUGAUUAAGGUAUUGCUUGGUGAAAGUCCUGUGAUUGACCUAGACAAUAAUGUACCUACCAAAGCUGGAUUGCGAAGUGUUUUGGAUGUUCUAAAGAUUCAGAUGAACUUCUGGCCUACGCUGGAGACAAACUUCACCAAAUUGUAUUCGAAAUGGGGAUCCUAUGCUUUACAGGACACAAGAAAACAGAGUAAAAAAAGACGCAGGACUGGUGUACCAAUAUGGUGGAGAUGGGGGCGAAAGAGUUUGUUAUAUCACGUACUGUCCAAGCAAUUGCGUGCAAGAUCCUGUUGUAAUUACUCUUGUAGAUGUUGAUUCGUAAAAUUCAGGCAUUAUGUCCAGACCAUGCUCCUGUUUUGUUAACUGGCCUUACUGUUUCUUGUUCUUGUUUUGUUUAGUCAUUGUACCUCGAUCUAAUCAUUCCCUGGACGUACUCGGAUAGUAGUUGCAUUUUGCAGUGUUCUUAUCUUAAUAUUGUCUAAUUUUCUAAUUCA